AUGACACCAUUAGGACGACAUUAUCAUAUCCCUCCGACGGUUACGGACCCCGUGCGAGAAAGGGUUCCCCGUGCGGGAAUACCGGUUGCUAUAGACGUAGAAAUGGAGAGAGAGAACGACAACAAUGAAAGAAGAGGAUUCCUUCUAUUUGGCUUUGGUUCCCACCGUCUGUGUCAAGGGCGGUUAGUCGUCUGCCGUCGCGUCUUCCUAAACUGUCUUGCCACUCUCAGUGUAGUUUUCGGUGCGUUCUCGGCUCGUUAA